AGGAUAUCCCUUUCACCUCGGGCCUUCAUCAGUGCUGUCUGUGUCUGACCCUAGAAUCCACGUUCUCGGACUCUGACGCCAUGGCCGCCCUUGCUACCCGUGCCCUCGCCUCCGCGCCGGUUGCCCUCGAGGCUACCCGCCAGCGCCUUGUCGCCGGCAAGGCCCUGCGCUCCGCUGUCCCUGCCGUCGCUGCUGUGCGCGGCCAGAGGCUCGUUACCCGUGCAAGCCUUGAGAAGCCCACUCGCCAGACGUACUUCGCCUCCCCUCAGUCCCUGAGCUACCUCGAUGGGACCCUCCCCGGCGACUUCGGCUUCGACCCCCUUGGCCUGUCCGACCCUGAGGGUGCUGGCAACUUCAUCGACCCCAAGUGGCUCACUUACGGCGAGCUGAUCAACGGCCGCUGGGCCAUGCUCGGUGUUGCCGGCAUGAUCGCCCCCGAGAUCCUCGGCAGCUACGGCGUCGGCCCCAAGAUUGUGUGGUUCCAGUCCGGUGUCAUCCCCCCCCUGGGCGGCUACGAGUACUGGGCCGAUCCCUAUGCUCUGUUCGUCCUGGAGAUCGUCCUGAUCGGCUUCGCCGAGCACAGAAGAGCUCAGGACUACUACAAGCCCGGCUAUGGCUCCAAGCAGUACCUGCUGGGUCUUGAGAAGGUGCUCGGCGGCUCCGGCGACCCCAUCUACCCCGGAGGCCCCGUGUUCAACUUCGCCGGGCUGGGCAAGACCCCCGAGGAGAUGCACACCUACAAGACGAAGGAGGUCAGGAACUCCCGCCUCGCCAUGCUGGCGGCCCUGGGCUUCUUCUUCCAGGCGUGGAUCACCGGCGUCGGCCCGUACCAGAACCUGCUCGACCACUUGGCCGACCCCGUGAACAACAACAUCCUCACCAACCUCAAGCUGCACUAAGCUGUUUAUUCUCAAUAUAAAUGUAAAGAUUUUGUGAAGAUAAUUCCAAUUACAAACCAUAUUUGCAUCUCAUAUAGCCACAAGAUACCCAUGUGCACAAUUACGAGCUUGGAAUGAUCAUAGGCGAUCACGUGCUGACGGGGGUCGUGGUUCGGAAUUAGACUUAGUCAGCAUGGUAGUUUGUGUAACACGAUGACUCUGGAAGUAGGCCGGGUUUGACUGUCAGCACGCUUUGUCCACAUGGCGUCCAUCGUCCCCGUUACACUGACAGCCCUUAAUCUCCGUUCUUUACGGCGCAGUUGCAGCAAGGGCCAAGUCCGUCCCAAAACACGUAGAGCGCCGAGGAUAGUUGCCACAGCACACCUGAAUAAGGUA